GAAGAGGCCUCGUCGGCUCCAGUUGAUGAUGUCGCCGGGGUGCCCCAAGGAGCGAUUGGCCCAGGCGGGCCUCGGAGCGCUGAGGCUGCACCCUCCCCGAGCAAAGGCGGAAGUCGCAGGACGCCGUGGGGCGGAGGCGGGAGAGGCGAGGGUGGCGAUGAGUGGUCUCAGCCGACUCUUCGGGAGGGGGAAGAAAGAGAAGGGGCCAACCCCCGAAGAGGCAAUACAGAAACUGAAGGACACAGAGAAGAUACUGAUCAAGAAACAGGAGUUUCUGGAGCAGAGGAUUCAACAGGAGCUACAGAUGGCCAAGAAGCAUGGGAUCAAGAACAAGAGAGCUGCCCUACAGGCUUUGCGGAGGAAGAAAAGAUUGGAACAACAGCUGGCACAAACCGAUGGAACAUUAUCCACCCUGGAGUUUCAGCGUGAGGCCAUUGAAAAUGCCACCACCAAUGCAGAAGUGGUUCGUACCAUGGAGCUCGCUGCCCAAGGCAUGAAGAAGGCCUACCAGGACAUGGACAUUGACAAGGUGGAUGAACUGAUGGCUGACAUCACAGAACAACAGGAGGUGGCCCAGCAGAUCUCAGAUGCCAUUUCUCAGCCUGUGGGCUUUGGAGAUGUUGUGGAUGAGGAUGAACUGUUGGAGGAGCUAGAGGAACUGGAGCAGGAGGAAUUGGCCCGGGACUUAUUAACUGUGGGUGACAAGGAGGAAGAACCCCCCAUCGAACUGCCCAGUGUACCCUCUAUACAUCUGCCUGCAGGGCCAGCUCCUGAAGCAGAUGAAGAUGAAGAAGCCCUAAAGCAGUUGGCUGAGUGGGUAUCCUGAUGAGUUAUGGGCUUGUUUUCCCGGUGCUGCCUUAUUGGUCCCUUUUCCUUAAGUGCCAAGUGCUAAGCUAAAGGAACAAAGCCUUUUGGGGAGGUCCUGCUGAGGAUGAUAGUGUGACCUUGUGAAAAGGGGUUGUCGCCCUCCCCUCCCUGGCUCAACUGAAAAAAGACCAUGGUGAAAGAGGAGCCCCCAGGCUCCCUUCUCUGUGAUUGCACUUACGGUGCCCUUGUUCACAAUAAAAUUGGGCCAAUGGAA